AUGUUUCGUGUCAUAAUUCUCGUGUCAGUUGUCGCGUCGCUCGUCGAUGGCUUUCCGGAUGGCGCUCCCGCCGAUACUUGCGUCAAAUCGCGCUUCAAUCAACCGCAUCACGGUCAAGCCAAAUCGCAACCUCUCGAAACUUCGCCAUAUCAAGUCGUUGCCAGCACCGACGUUUAUCACGCCGGACAACAAAUCGAGUUGACAAUUUCGGGUCACGACGUUUUCCGUGGAUUUUUCUUCCAAGCACGCGAUGCCAACACCAACGAAUGGAUCGGAGAAUUCCUCCCGAGCGCCAACACCAAAACGAUUCCCGAAUGUUCGAGUGUCACGCAUGCCGAUCCGAAGGACAAAACGCAAGCUCGUCUCAUUUGGCAAGCGCCAAAAGACAAACAAGGACACGUUUUUUUCACCGGAGCCGUUGUGAAGGAUUACGGAACAUUCUGGGCGAACAUCAUUGCUCAAGUGCCAGCUCAUUAA